UUCGGUGACGAACAUCUCGCCGAAAGAUUUGUGAGCUAGUGUUCCGCUCGGAAUUAAUUGAUUGGAAAGCGAGCUGACGGCAGGAUUGCCGGAAGGGGAGGGGGUUUCGGGCGCAGAAGAGGUCGCCAUUUGGGGGGUCAAUUACACCAGCCAAAACAGGUCAAAAUGAGUUAAAUGGGUAUAUCCAAGUCAAACCAGUUCUGAACCCACCUAUUUGCAACUGCCAGUUUAUAGACCCAUUGUAUACAUCAGCAUUUCUAUUAUUAGCUGGUGCAGGAGACAGAGAGUGAACCCUUAUGGAUCGAAGAGAGAAUCAAUCUCCCCAAGGUGAGACUGCGCGUAUUCUGGUAGAAUUCUUAGAGGUUGCCAUCACAUCCAUUGUUUACCUCAAGGGACUCUAUCCUUCCGGUGCCUUUGAGAGGAGGAGAUAUUUGAAUUCGGUAGUCCAUAGAGCUCAGCACCCUCAACUGAGGAAUUAUAUCCAUAUGUCUGUAUCAGGGCUUCAACCUUUCAUUGAAAAGGGACUGAUAGAGAGAAUAGCUGUUGUGUUCUUUGACACCGAGAAUGUCCCCCUGGAGAGAUUCAUUUUCAAGCUCUCAGUAAACCAGUCAUGCGGCUCAAUGGUGGAAGAUGCUGACCUAGAAUUUUCUCUUAGAUCAUUUUUGAUCAAGUUGUCUGUGUCCCAACCACUGACUAGUGCUCUUUCUCAAGAUUGCAGGUGGGAGAUUGUAGGUUACUUUCGGAUGCUUCCUCAGGCCGAUAUGGGCAACACUGCUGCAUUGUGGAUCCCAACGGAUACAAAGCAGUGGCAGCAGCCUCCACUUAUAACCCCCAUCAAGUCAAUGAGUAGUGAACCUUUGAAUGUUCAGUUAUAUUUGGAGCAUCCAAGUUUAUCCAAGACGAUGAAGUCCUAGGUUAAACCACUCAUGACGUUAUGCGUAACAUGUAAAUCAGUUGUCACUAAGUAGAAUUUUACAACUUCUUUGGAUCUGAUGGGAAUAAUAUGUUGAUAGAUUUUGCCAAUAUAUGCAUUUUCUCCACCAAUAUAUUGCUGGGUCCUAUUUUUUAGUUCAUUUCUGAGUUCUAUUUAUCUGUUAUGGAGUCAUUUGGUUUCUCAGGUACGAUGUCGGGCACAAACUAGGGGCAGCAUUCCUUGAGCUCUGCACGACCUUUGGCACCAUAAUUAUUCUGAUCUUUGGGUCCUGGGUCUCCGGAAGCUGAACUUGUUGCCAAUAUAGCUCAAUGAGUCCCUCCAUCUGAGAAAACUAAGCAUGGAGGAAGACCGAGGAUUAGAUUUUUGCAGCUGCUCAACGUUUUUUGAUCAAAUGCGUUGUGUUUGUUUUCUAUGUCAUGUUUUGUAUUCAACAUCUGUCUUGAGGUGGAUUCACUGUGGGAAGAAUCUGAUUUACUCCCACCGGAGGGAGUCUGGCUAUUCCUUGUCGGAGCAAUUUCUCUAUUGUUCUUGAAGCGUUUGAAUUGGAGCUUAAUCUACGGAAGACAGACCAGAGCUUAUAUUCGUUGAA